CACAUGUGCUUCCUCACAGCUACGCCCCUUGCUUAUUGCUGCACUUUUGUACAUGUUUCUCGGUUUAUUGGGAGGCUUCUUUGGUAGAUAGACGGCAACCAUCCUCCUCUCAUCGCCCCCAGCACAGCCUUCUUCCAAAAAAUGACGACCCCAUUUCAGGCCUUUGGGCUCUCUUGCCCUGCAGGCGGCAAGUUCUACAUCUGCGAGACUGGCAGUGAGUUCAUCGGGUGCUGUGCCUCGGACCCUUGCAAUCUGACAGGCUGUCCACAAAGAGACCUGAGAACAUCCAGUUUCUCUCCGGACGAGUAUAGCAGUCUUCCUACCCAGGCCUGCGAGAAUAGUGACAGCUUGUGGUACACUUGUGCUUUCAAUGUCCCCCCGUUUAUGGGUUGCUGCAAAACCAACCCUUGCGCGGACCCCAAGGCGUCUUGUCCUACUUCCAGCUUGGGGGCGGCCAAGCUAAGCAGUCUUGAUUCCUUGCGGGAAAGGUUCUUGUAUCCAAGCUCCAACAGCUCCGACGCAAAGCCAACAUCAACGUCAGCACCAGGCGGUUCUCCCAGCACUGGAGCGGCCCCCAACACCCAGAGUAAAACGCCCUUGCCGCAGCCUGCCAACAGCAAUGAUAACGAUUCAGGUCUCUCCACGGGAACUAUAGCCGGGAUUGCUGUCGGUGUGAGUAUCCUGGUGCUCGUGGCCAUCGCUAUCAUCAUCUGGAAGUGUGGAUGGACCGCCGGGAAGCGCAGGGCGCGGAGGCAGGCAGCCGCAGCCGCAGUACCACCUAUAGGACCUGGGAUGACGCAGACAAAUACCGGAUACAGAGACUCGGGCUUCCCCGAAAAUGGCUUCCAAGGAGAAAAUUCGUACAGAGACUCGUUUGCACCCAGCGCCGUCACAGCCGUGGGCUCUCCACGCGACACUGUUUUCUCCAAGCCUGGUUUCGACUCAAACACCUCGAGCAUAUACGGGUCACCAUAUCCGACUGCAUCUAUCACACCAGCGCCAGAUCAGCGAUACUCGACAUACAAUCAACAAGGCUACAACGGCGCAGCGUCUCAGCCCAACGGGUACAAUCCUGCUGGCUAUAGUCUCGUACCAAACCCUUCGAUGCCGGUCGUAUUCGAGAUGGACUCAACCGAGGUGCGUUCAGAGCUGAGCGGCGGAGGGCAGCCGGUCGCGGCUCCACUGCCCGCCCCCGUCCAGCCCCCUCAGAAGAAACAGGGCGACGACCAGCAGAAGCCUCCAGCUCAAACUUCACAGCUGCAGCCUCAACCCAGCUCUCCUCGUAGCCUCCAGAAUGGCAGCCUGUUUCACAACACGAAUGAUGUUUCCAAACGUGGAUCAACCACAUCUUCUUCCAGAGCACCACCACCCGAGGGAAACACUUUUCGUGUUGCUUCACCCAAACCGUCAUCACUUGGCCCCCCGACGAAAGAAAUGUUUUGUCCUCGUCCCCCAUCCCUACCAUCGCCAGUUAGUCCUUCGGCCCAAGGAUUUCCAUCUGUUUCUCCACCUCUACCCAAGCCAGUGGGUCCUCCGCCUAAAACGGGUGACACUCUUUUCACUGCCGCCUCCUCUCAGCAGUAAUGAGGACUCCGGUCUUCUACUAUGAAAUUUUGGGCGAGGAAGUAGGCGAGGGUUAAAUGGUUAAAUUCUUCGCAACCAUUUUCCGAGCCUGAUUAAAGGAGGCUAGCUGGAUUUUUGCUGCAUUGGAUUGGGUUGACUUGUUUUGUCUGACACACAGAGGGUGGAUUUGUUUGUUUCUGAUGCGCAUUGCUUCGAGAUUGACUAAUGUUGAAGCACUCUGCUUAUGCUCUUUUUUCCUGCUCUUGCUUAAGGCUUUGGAUAUCGUACAUUUUUCUGCUUCUACCGGCCACCAGCACAUUGAUGGAAACUAGCAAGAUACUUAAUCUUCAUCAUAUCGCUUUUUUAAAAAAAGAAUUCAAUUAGGC